AUGCUGUGCUUCCCCCAAGACAGAGAGGCCAACUUUGAGGGGACUUUGUCUGGGCUGGGAGGGCCGCUGACGCUGCGCUCCUGGCAGGAAUGUGCGGUGGCUGCCUCCAGACCUGUCUUCGGGCCCCCGCCUGUGAUUUUCCAGGGAGAACCUGCUGCCCCCUGGUCACAUGACACCUACGGUCACAGCUCGGAUGGGCCCUUGGCCCCAGGUCUCCAGUGGCAAGUCCCGGCGGGCUCCUGGGCUGACUCGUGCCCGCUCCGGCCAUCCGUAAACACAGUCCGGCCUCCCAGAUCCUGGCGAGCCUGGGCUGCACAGAGAACCCAAAAGGCUUGCAAGGAGCCCCAGCCGGGUUGCUAUGGGGCAUGGAGGAGGAUCGGGCUCCCGACCCUGGGGAGCAGCGUCGGGGUCGGGGGCGGCGGGGAGGUCUGGCCCUGCGGCUCGGCCUCGCCGGGGCUCCUGCAGCGCUCUCCCGCCAGGGGGCAGCGUCGGGCCGGCGGCGCGGGCGGGAAGCUCACGCUGAGGGGCCGCGGGGUGCGGUCUUCCCCCUGCGUGGUGAGGGGCCGCGGGGCGCCGUCUUCCCCCCGCGCAGCCCGCAGCGCGAGGCCACCGGGUAGGACAUGGGUGCCCGCGCGUCGUGGCGCCCCGUCCCGGGAGGGAGUCUGGCUCCCGGGCCGUGGCUCUCAGUCCACGCGGCGGCCUCCCUGCAGCCCCCUAGGGCCCGUCGCCCGUCCCCGCCUGCGGAACGCGGGGGGCAGCACGGCCCGCGCCCGGUCACCCGAGCCUGCUCCCCGGCGCCGCGUGGCCUGUCAGUCCCGUCAGCCUCGCUGUGCCGACCCCGGGCGCCUCCACGAUGGCUCGGGGCCCACCGAGUGCCUGGAUGCACGAGGCGCCCCCUGGCGACCGGCCCGCCGACCCCACAGGCACAGGCUGAGGAGAGCGAACCGCCGCGCCUGCCCCGCGCGCCGACGCCGACCCCUCCCGGGCGCGCCUCCCCGCGGACGCCGCUCGCGCGCAGGGAGAGGCCCUGGGGUCCGCUCGGAGCGGCGCCUGCGGGCGUGGGCCCCGGUCGGCGUCCUGCGGGGGUCGCGGCUGUUCUCUCAGCCUCCUCGCGACUUCACUCUCCUGUCAGGCCUGGGGACACCCCACACCCGCCGACCACUGCGGGGCUCGGCAGCCUCCCUGUGCGCCCAGUCACUUGUCAUGAGUGACUCCAUUUUGAGGCGUUUCGGGCCACGAAGCAGGGCCGUGGGCCGCACUCCUGGUCCGCGCGUGGAAGCGGGGCGGCGGCGGCGGAGCUCCCCGCCACGGAGAACCCCGAACCAGAGAAGUGUGGCCUGGGUUUUGGUGUAGGAGCCCCUGGCGCUGAAAGGCUGUUCCCAGGCGCGGCUCGCCGAGGAGCGGAAGCCGGGGAGGGAGCCGUCCCCCCCUGGCGUUGCCCGGCCCGAGGGACAGCGGCGCCCCCGGGACCCUCCCCAGCGUGGCCCCAGCUCGCCCCGGGACCGCGGGGCCAGGCCGGGCGGGAGCGCGGGGACGUACACGGGGCCCCGCCCGCGCUGCUCCUCCCUCCCGGCCGGCCGGGUGCGGGCGACGGUGGCCCCAGUCUCCGCGCGGCUGAGGCGCCCCCGGCCGCUCCCACGGCCUCGCCUCCGCCCUUCGGUCCCGCCGCCUCCGGGGCCGCCUGGGACCCUGGCCCCCGCCGGGCAGGACGCCGCCAGCGCUGCAGGCGCAGCCCGGAGGCCGCGCGGGUGAGUCGGUGCGCAGCCCCAGCGGCCCCAGAGCAGCGGGUGUGGGGAGGGCGCGCGGACCGCAGUCGGCUCCGUUCCCACCUUGCGCGCAGCCGGGAAACCAGCAGGCCCAGCCUCUAGGGAGGCGGGCAGGGGAGCUGGGGGCCGCCCCCACGUUCUCGCGGGCACCUGUCCCUAGGCCGGGAUCCGCUGGCUCGGAGCCCUGACCCUCCCCGGACCUAGGGGGACGGGGGCAGCGGUGACAUUUGCCCAGGAAGGGCAGCCGUGGGUAAACUCCAGUCCAGAGCAGGGUCUGGGCCCAGGUUGAGGCCUGGGGUUGAAUCCGCUUCUGCUAGCGGCGGGUGUUCUCAGGGAGGCCCAUAACCGCACUGGGUCUUAGUCCCCCCAGGCAUGAAACAGGAACAGGGCGAGCAGCAGAAACCGCGCGACGCUGCAAAGCGCUGAGCCCGAAGCCGAGAAGAAUCUCGGCUCCUGGCCUUGGAGGUUGCACUUCGGGCCAGGCCAGCACUCCCAGGAUGAGAGGAUGGCCUCCUGGCCCAGGGCUGGCGUGGGGGCGCGGACAAGGCAACGCGACUCUGCCAGGGAGCACCCAGCGCUCUGGUUGGUGGUCAGGGGGCCUUUGCCUGGGACUCACAGUGUGACGAGGAAAAUUCUGUAAUGAGGACAUUUCUCAUCAUUCCUUCUCAAAAGUCAUUCGUCAGCCCCAGACAUCUUUGCCUCGGAAAACUGGGAACCACUUUCAAAAUCCUUAACACCCCCAUCUCCUGCUACAGAGCGGAGUCCCCACUUUGCAGAGGCGCACUGCAAGGUCGCAGAUUGUUAAAUGGUGCGCCCUCCUUCAUGAAGAUGCCUUGCUCUCUUUCACUCUCUUUAUGUGUGUUUAAUGUUGUGUCUUGCGUUCUCUGUGAAGCAAAGGAGAAACAUGGGCCCUUUCAGGCAACCGGAGGAAGAAGGCGGCCAGCAUCAGAUCUUCCCAUGCUUGAAGGUGGAGCACCCUGCAGGGCUUACCGCAGCCCUCAGGGUCAAAGUGAGGAUGCAAUGCAGCACCAAAAGGCAAAUGUACUCUGGAGAGCCACUCUCACCUUGUACCCCUGGAGUAGACCCCGAGGACUGGAGGACUGGAACAAGAUCUUAGCCCUGAGGGCGGGAGAAGCAGCCUUUGAUGGUUGCACAGGGGCCCGGCUUUUCCCGAAGUCUUAAAGCCUGCUCCAAAUGCCAGAUUCAGAGAAAGGGGCCGAACCUUGGGCCCGCCGCCCUCUCCCGUAAGCCGUGACCCAGCAGCUUUGUUAGGAAGUUUCUAUAUGAAGGUAGGCACCUUUCUUGGAAUGAGCCACACGCGAUGGCUCUGCCAUUCCGGACGGUGCUCGUUCACCGCUGUGCCUGGAGCAGACACGGUUCUGCGCACACAGCUGGGCGCCGGAGAAACUUGAGGUACCAAAAGCGGGCCCAGGCCCUCGGACUCAGCGAGCUGGACACGUGUCCCCAUCACCCGCGGCUGGCAGGAGCAGCGUUUCUACUCCCUUCCCUCCCCUCCUCUCCUCCCGCCCCACAGAUGUGCUGUCUUUCCCGGCCUCCCCCCCGCGCCCAGCACAGUGGUUUCUGCUUGGCUGUUCCCCUGUCUCCGAGAUGGUCUCUCCUUGUGCUUGCCCUACACAUUCUCUCACGCGCGCGGAAUGCCCCUGUCCGCGUGGUUGUCAACCUUCUCUCCUCUUUCCCCACAGUCCAAGACUCGGCCCUGUCCCUUCAUUCUAAAGCCUUCCACUUACGAGCCCUCCCGAGGACCGACCCCCAGGAGGCCGCUGGAGAUGCAGGAUUUGGACCCGCGCCUGACCUGCACCCUGAUAGAUCCCUCUGAAUGAAUGAAUGGAUGAAUGAAUGAAUGAAUCAGCAGGCUGCAUCCUGAUUAGGUUAAGGUGAGUCAUUGCCACGCUUGGCGUUGGCUCCGCCCCCUGAGAUAAAAGGCGAGAGGUAGCCACAUGGAAAGCUCCUCCAGUGGGGUCUCAGACUGGAGAGCCUCCAGCGGGCGGGUAUUCCCUAGAGCUUCCGUGUUUGUUAUUGUUAUGGUGGAUGGCCCAGUAUGUUGCCACCACCUCCGGAAGACCUCCUGCUCUGACCUUGACAGAUAGACCGUAGUGGGCCCGCCCAGGCUGGACUCGAGGGCCUGAGAUGAAUCUCAAAGGGAUUCCAUGCCUGGGAGACCUCAGCCAAGCAGGGCAGGGAAAUAAUCAGACAACUGUCAGUGCUGGCGCCUGCAGAGUUUUGCAUAGGGUCCUUCAGAGGGAGGGUUAGGGAAGGCUUCUUGGGGGUUAGGGCAGUUAAGCAAAAUGGAUAAAGAAAGCAACCACUUACAUCUGCGUAUUUUCUUCAUUUCAUCUUCACAGCAGCCCUGAGAUAGGCACUGGUUUACAGCUGAGGUAUAAACUGGGGUUCAGAGAGAUUGAGUGCUUUCACCAUGAACAAGUGACAGAGCAAGGACUUGAACCAGGUUACUUGAUGCCACCGCCAGUCUUAACCUCCAUGUUGUUAGCAUAUUAAGCAAGUGAAACCAUGUGAGCCAAGAAAUUGGGGUGAGAAACAGCACAGAAUAGAGAAGGCUGCAAAAAGGUGUGAUGUUUCUGGAGCACCGAAUGCUACUCACAGACACAUGAGUGGAGAUGGGAAGGGAACACUGGAUGCCGUGGGGGGCCUUGUCAGCCACAGUAAGGAAUGUGGACCUGGUCCUGAGGGUGGUGAGGGGAUGGCCCCCCACCCAGUAGUUUCUCACAGGGGAGCGAUUCAGCCUCUCUGCCGCAGUCAGGAGGAAGGAUGCAGUGAGAGGGAAAGUGGAGAGGCGGGUGGCGGUGCAGUCUACUCCAGGUCAUGCUUCUUAACAUCUCCCUCAUUAUUCAUACACGAAAAUGACUGCUAUUGUAUGACACACUGGUUAACAAAGGAGGGGGCUGCUUGCAGAUGGAAACAACAAACCCAGGGGCUCCAGCCAUCUGAAGAUUCUGCACAGCCAGCCACCCCUAAGGCUGAGAAAUCCCAGGCACAUAUACACCAGUCACAGCAUACCUGGACUCAGAUAAUGACAGUGGAGAAUGAGGAACAAGAACUGGGUUCAAGGGAUAAUUAGCAAGCAGCGUUUGCAUUACAUAGCGAAGGGACAACGGAGGAGGGAGAUAGUCCAUGGGAUUCUGGACUAAAUUGGGCAAAUGGUAUGACUGGUUAGGCUUUGUGUCCCCGCCCCAAUCUCAUCUUGAAUUGUAAUCCCCAAGUGUUGUAGGAGAGACCUGGUGGGAAGGGAUCAGAUCACGGGGCAGUUUCUCCCAUGCUGUUCUCAUGAUAAUGAGGGAGUUCUCCUGAGAUCUGAUGGUUACAUAAGCAUCCGCCGUUUCCUCCACUCACACUCUCUCCUGCCACCUUGUGAAGAAGGUGCCUGCUUCCCCUCCACUAUGACUGUCAGUUUCCUGAAACCUCCCCAGCAAUGUAGAAUGGGAGUCAAUUAAACCUCUUUAUUUAGAAAUCACCCAGUCUUGGGCGGAUCUUUAGAGCAGUGUGAGAAGGGAUUAAUGCAGUAAAUUGGUACCAGGAGUUUGGGACACUAAUACAUGGUAGUUCCCUCAUUGCUGCAGGGAGCAUGGGGGCAGGGCUUGUUCCAGGGAAGGUGAUGAGUUCUGUUGGGCUGCCCUGUGUUUGAAGUAGGUACAGAAGCCUAACAGGCAGUGGAGCAGGGCACUGGAGUCAAGCAGACUGGGUCCAACUUCCAGCUUCACCAACUUACUAGUUC